GGCCGGGAAAAGGAUUUGGUUUGAAGUCGUGAGCAAAUGUAUGCCAGUAAAUAUUAAGAAUAUUUUAGGGGAAAUGUUCACUAGGACAAAUUAGUGUGCGCCACAGUAACCAUGGCAACCGCAACGAAAACGCCACCUGGCGCGGAUCCCAAGCAGCUGGAGCGCACGGGGACCGUCCGCGAGAUCGGAUCUCAAGCCGUGUGGUCGCUUUCAUCAUGCAAACCUGGUUUUGGAGUUGACCAGCUAAGAGAUGAUAAUCUGGAGACGUAUUGGCAAUCUGAUGGCUCUCAGCCUCACUUGGUCAACAUCCAAUUCAGGAGGAAGACCACGGUGAAGAUGCUGUGCAUUUAUGCGGACUAUAAAUCAGAUGAGAGCUACACCCCCAGCAAAAUCUCCGUUAGAGUGGGAAACAACUUUCACAACUUAAUGGAGAUCCGGCAGUUGGAAAUGGUGGAGCCCAGUGGCUGGAUCCACAUCCCCCUGUUGGACCUAGUGAACAACCCCAUCAGGACCUUCAUGAUCCAGAUCGCUGUGCUGGCCAACCACCAGAACGGCCGUGACACGCACAUGAGGCAGAUUAAGGUCUACACGCCUGUGGAGGAGAGCUCCAUCGGCAAGUUCCCACGAUGCACCACGGCCGACUUCAUGAUGUACCGCACCAUCAGAUGACAGUGUGUGCUCUAUGAGCUCUCUCUAGAAGUGCAAAGUUCAGGGUCAUGGGUCAUGAGCACUCAGACUUCACACAAAAGGUCACAGGGCAGUGAUUCCCAGUGUGGACAAGCUGCCAAUACACAGAGAACAUCCUGCAAAACCUGGAAGAGCUGGCAGGUUAUCGAUGUAAUUUGUGUUUGAAGUAGAGUGGGAAUGCAACUAAGAAUGAGCUUAAUGUAAAUGUGUUACGGAUUAUUUCAUUGUGCCAUGUUUUUGAAAGUGAAUUAUUGUACAGGUAAUAAAUUUUUUAAAAUUA